UCAGUUCCCUAUGAGAUGGGCACAGUUGCACCGAACACAUGUGGCUACACGGUGCGCACUGAGCAGAAACCCCGAGGUUACAUAAUAUCCUCCACCUACCCCGGUGUCUACCCAGACAGCUCGUUCUGUUACUACCGAUUGCAAGGGAAACCCGGUCAAAGGAUAAAAUUAACCUUCGAAGACUUUUCACUCUUUUACGGGGGUGAAUAGUAAGUCAUGAGCACACAUUAACUCCCCCAUAUAUAACCAUUUCUCACGUGUUUUAAUUUAACUCAAUUUUUUUUUUUUUUUUUCAAAAUUAACCCCACACUUUCUUUUACAUUCUUGCAGCUUUAUUCAUAAUUUUCGCUUCGUUUUGGCGGUUUCUAACUUUUGUUUUUCUUGGUUUUUUCAUAUAUAACCAUUUCUCUCGUGUUUUAAUUUAACUCUAUUUUUUUUUUUUUUUUUCAAAAUUAACCCCACACUUUCUUUUACAUUCUUGCAGCUUUAUUCAUAAUUUGCGCUUCGUUUUGGCGGUUUCUAACUCUUGUUAUUCUAGGUUUUUUGGGGUAAUCUUGUCUACUAACGCUUCACGUGUAUAUCUAUUAAUAUAAUCUGCUUUUGGAAAUCUUUUGGUUUUGACUUGAAUGAGAGUGUUUCGGUUACUGGCCUUAGUCACCACUACUAACAUAAACAGUGACAGUAGUGUCAGUGUUGUGACAAAACUAACUAGUACUAGGAUGCAGUGAAUCCUGUGAGCCUUCACAUGAGGAUGGACUAAGUUAACUUAAUAAACUUUCACAAUCAUUCGGGUACGUUGCUGAUCUUUGCCCCGAAAUUCAACAUGGUUAUAAAAUACAUAGUUUUAACAGUCAUAUUUGUAUGAAUCAAACUGAAAGUAGUUUCCUUAUAAUACGCGAAUAUAAAUUUUUAAAAAAAUAAAAAAAAUACCCUGGCACAAGGUUUAAAACGAAUUAGUGUUUGGGAAGAGCUUUUCAUGAUUCUGAAAAUCACUGUCCACGAAAAUAUAUUUUCAUGAUUAGAGUUUUCUGAUAAAGGAGUUACAGACAAGACCAUUUUUAAAUAAAAAAAGAGGGCGAAUUUUUAAUGAUAACAUCAAAAACCAUCAAUAACUGGGGAGCACUUAGUUGAGAACUAAACUAACUGGGAAGAUACUUUGCAAUGGCGUGGGUUCUUUCAGAGCUGAAAGUCAUUGCACGAAAUGCAGUGACAAAUGCCAGGUAAGAAUAAGAGUGACCAAGACAUUAAAUAAGUCGUUUGAAUCACAACGCGUAGGAAGAUUUGAAAAUACAUGAAGUUUUCAAAAUUAACUAAAUCAAGGAGUUUACAAUUAUUGUCUCAAUACGUUCUUAUUUUCAAAUAUUCAACUUGGAUUUAAAACUAUCAAGUUUUGUUCCAGCGUUAUGAAGAAAAUAGUAUGAAGUUGUUGGGAUUUUUUUUGUUGUUUUUUUGGUUUUAUUUUUUUUUUUUUGGGGGGGGGGGUGAAAGGGGGGGGGUUUUUUUUAUAAACAACCAAACUUUUUUAACUUGGGAAAUAAGCUCUGAAUCGAUUUUAAAUUUUUUUUUUUUUUUUUUUUUGUUUUUUUUUUUUUUUUUUUGGGGGUGGGGGUGAAAGGGGGGUGGUAUUUCUAAUAAACAACCAAACUUUUAUAACUUGAGAAAUAAGCUCUGAAUCGAUUUUAAAAUUACAUCCAGGUCCUCCCAUAUGUGGUUGGCCAGAUUUAUUGCGUUGUAAUAAAAGAUUUUUGUUGAAAUUUUACAUCAGUAUAUUAUAAACAAAUUAACUGUUCAUCUCCAUUCAUAACUAAACGUGCAAUUUAUGUCUCGGUCACAAUAUUUACCUGCAUGUAAAAUUAUUUGAAUGUGAAUGCUGCAGUAGUUACUUUACAUAGAGUGACGCUUAUAAAAAACCUGCUUUUAGCCUUGGCAUUACAUGAAGUUGUGACUGAAAGACAUUCACAUAUUACUCAUGGGAAUUUCAUGUGCUGGAAUAGCAUCAUUUUCGUGUGGCAUGCAUGGUUUUGACUGUUAGUGUUAAUCUUAAAUUCGUACGCCCUCGUUGUUGUGUAAAGUCAUUUCGAACGACUGCAUGCAAUUAGACGCAAAACCUACUCUAAGUAUGUUCUUUUGUGGUGAGUAGAUAAAUGAAAAAGGUUACCACUAACCACUGAUUGAUCAGCGCUUUUACUAUGGUGAGUAAACUCAAAGCUUUUUUUUUUUUUUUUUACUAUCGCCUGAUAUUUAACGUUAAUAUUUAACCAGUUUUUAACUUUAAUGUUUUCAAACAUAUUAUAUUGUUGACGUCAGCUUGUGUCAUGUUGACGUACGCAUAAAGUUGGUGUUGAAUGAAAGAAGUAGCGAUGCUACUUGCAACAAACGGCUAGACACAAGUAAAAACACCAACAGCUGCCGGGUUGGAUAGGACUCGUUAGCCUACUCAAGUAGGAAAUUGUUUAUGUUCAACGUCGCGUGCGAAGUACUAACAGUAAUGAUAGUGUUGUUUAGUUAUUAAAAAGGGUUUGUGGAAUUACUGAGCGCUAGCUCUAUGGAGUAAUGUCUCAAUAAACAAAUUCAAAACACUAUGUUUUGUCAAUGGAUAGAUGACACUGGAUUCCGUUAGCUUUUUUUUUUUAAGGGGGUUGGGCGUGGGUGUGGGGUUAUGAUGGGUAUUUAGGGUCCAUUGGAUUUAACACCAAAUUUAUUCUUAUUACCGUGGGGUUAUUAACUGAUAGUGUCACCAGCCUUGAUCCCAUAAUCCCAAGAAAAUUUUGAGAGUGAAUGUGAUAUUAGCAUAAUUUCUGUGAAUAAUAAUAGCAGUAGAGUUAUUUGACAAGUUUGGUAAAAAAAAUAUAUAUUUUUCAUUCUUAAAGAAAGUGUAAACUCGGAGAAAAAUAUAUUUUAAAAAAUGGACUAACGAAGAGCCGAUAUUAAAACAUGUUAAAAUUUAUAUAGCACAUCAAACAAUAAUAACAGUGCUGUUAUGGUAUAUUUUUAAAAUAAGUAGGCCUAUAGGCCUACAUUUUGUUUAAUAUCAAGGGACAGGGACGAACAUGUGUGCCUUCUCUCCAAUACACACACACAAUGCGUUGAGUGAAGAACCUAGUGUUGUACAAAAUAGUUUAUGAGUACAUUUUCAGUCAUAUUGAUCACAUUGGUGUACGAACUGGAGGGGGGGGGCGGGUUGGGGGAGCUAUUUUUCUUCUUAAUACUGAAUGUUGGAAUUUUUGUAAACUGCUUAGUUAUUUUUUCCAUGACAAGGGACGACUAAAAUAUUGGCCGUAUUAACACCAGCUACGCCCCUGAUUGAGUAGCCUAUACAUAUUUAUUGAAUGUUUCGAUGUCUGUCUAAUUUUUUACUAGUUAUCAUUUUUAUGGGUUUUUUUUAAUUUAUUUUAAUCUUUAGUCCAGGCCUGCACAACAUAGGGCCGCAUGUGGCCCGCCAGUACCCACUUUGCGGCCCGCGAUGUAACAAAAUAUUCUUUAUUCUUAUUAUUUUGUUAAUAGCUUUCCCCCCUUUCCUGUUUUCUUUGGCCCGCACAAGACCUGUCCUAUUUUCUUUUGGCCUGCACACGGUUUUCAUAAAGUAUUACGGCCCACCUUACAUUUUGAGUUGUGCAGGCCUGCAUUUAGUCUUUCAAUUUAUAUUUAAAGCGAAGUCCUACCCCCCCCCCCUUUUUUCCCAAUACAAUUUUUGAGUAGGCCCUUAUUUUUUACUUAGCAUAUGCUUUAUUCAUUAAUUUUUUUAUUAUUUUUUUUGUAUGUGUGCUUUUAUAAUUAACCAUUCUUUUAAAUACUAAAAGAAUAAAAAAUAAUUAAAUGAUGUAUUUGGAUUGCUUUAAUGUCAUCAAAUAAGUUUUUCUUUGAUACCCAUUUACUUUAUUUUAGCCAUUUUUAUGAAAGGGAAAUAAUAUAUAAAAUGGGUUUCCCCCUCCCCUCCCCCCCCCCCCAUUUCAUGCUGAGUAUUGCUUCUAAGUGUUAGAACCUUUGAUUAACUACGUGAUUAAUAUGUAAAAAUGAAAAUUUGCAAUUCCUUUAAUUACAUACUCUCAAGCACUAAAAUGCAUAAAAUAAGUUAAAUUUAUAAAAAAUAUAUCCAAACAGUUGAGUGGCUCAUGAAAUAUUUAGCUUUAAGUUUUGCAAGUAGUUAAUCCACUUUUGUUACGUCACAGGUCAAAAGUAAAAAUGAUGAUGAAAAGUGUUGUUGCUUUUUUUAUCUAUUACUGAAAGUAAAUUUGAAUUCUCCAAGCACCAUUGUAGAUACUUCAUGGGUCUUAAAAUAUUUUGGAUACAUUUUUGUAAAGUAGAAUUGUUUUAUGCCUUCUUACUUAAUUAAAGAAAAAAGGGUCACAAUUAUUUUUUUGAUUUAUUUAUUUUUCAUUUUAUAAUAAAUUUCUGGCAUGUCCCAGUUGCAUUUUUGCUUCGAUAAUGACAAGAAAUAAUAAAAAUUCUUUCAUAAAUUAUAUACACAUAAUAGAGGAUGUUGAAUGGGAAAUAAAAUUUAUAUAACCCAUCAAGCAAAUUGUUGUAUGAAUUAUUUGUUUCACAUUUAAAUAUAAAAUAAUUUUAAUUUUCUAUUCUUUAUUUUAAAGAAUUAAUCAUUCUCUUUCUAGUUAUCUUCAUACAGUUCUCUGACUUUAAUUCUUUUGCAUUUGUUUACUCAGAUAUAUCAAACUAUUCACUCUUAAAAGUCUGACUAAAUCUUGUUAAAUUUUGUAAUGAUUGUUUAUUAAAAAAAUAAUUCAAUAAUGUUAAAUAAGAUGUGUGUGGUUAAAUAUAUUAAAUACAGCUGUAAAUAUAUUUACUAACAAUGCAGACUCUGUAGCCCUGUUUUAUAAUCAAGCUUGCUUUAAAUGGAAAAUAAUUAAUAAUGAUAAUUUCUUCUAUGCAAAGUAGAAUCAGUAGUUAAAAUACUCUGUGGAUUAACAUCUGUAAAAUGUUAUUAGUGAAGAUUUGGGUUUUUUGUUUCCUCUUGGCUUAUUUAAAUUACAAAACUCAAGAAUCCUUUUUGCUAGAUAUUCAGCUUGAUUAAGAUAAUUGAAAAUUUCAUUAUUUCGAAAGAUCCAUUUAAAAAUUCUAUAAUGAAAUUUAAGGAAAUAAAUAUUAUAAAUUUUAUUUAUAAUACUCAUAUUGAAUUUUAUUUUUCUAUACCAAUUUUGCUUAUUUGUGUCUUUGCUUUAUGCUAUUAUUGAAAAUCUUUACCAACUAUGCAAAAAGUUACAGUAAAAUCACUGGAAUAAUUUAUUAUUUAUUUCUUAAUUUUAACUCAAAAUUGUACCUUUUUUUUUUAUCAACAGCUGUCCAUUUGAUUAUUUGAAAAUUUAUGAUGGUCCGGCAAGUGACGCACCUGUCAUCGGGAAAUUCUGUGGCAGCUUUAACCGAUCCACUGUAAUAUACUCCACUAAAGAGAAUUUACGGUUGGAAUUUAUUACAGGUGAAGGCAGGUUAAAUUUCAUAGCACCUCCAAUGGAAGCUGCUGCUGACUACAAGUUUGAAAGGAGAGGUUUUAACAUAUCAUAUGUCUUCAGUGAUCGGUUUGUGUCUUUAGGUAAGUCAUUCAAGGGUUAAAAGUUAAGUCUUUCAAGGGUUAAAAGUUAAGUCUUUCAAGGGUUAAAAGUUAAGUCAUUCAAGGGUUAAAAGUUAAGACAUUCAAGGGUUAAAAGUUAAGUCUUUCAAGGGUUAAAAGUUAUCUAACUAAGGAAUGAAAAGAGAAUCUUGAUACAACCUUUAUAUUUUAUAAGUAAUUUGAAUUUUAUUUUAUUUUUUUAUUUUUUUAGUGUUCCCCUAGACGUACUGCAAUACUGAUAGACUUGGCUAAGAUUUUAUUUAUUUACCUUUGUCUCAAUCAUAUAAAUUAAUUGUGUUGGUUAAUCUAGUAAUGACAGUAGCAUGAAGUUACUUAAUAGUCUGCUAUGUUCCAUUUUUUGUACUUUCCCCAUAAGCAUUUAAUGUUUAAAAAGUACAGAGCCUUAAAAUUGUCUUCAGAUGAUCAUUUCAUCAAAGAAGGAGCAGAGCAUGUGUCAGGAACAGAUUGUGAUCAGAGAAUAAUGAGUGGGAAAGAAACAAAUGGAACGUUUGUCUCCCCUGGGUACCCAGCUAUGUUUCCUGAAGGUGUUGUGUGUCGAUACUACUUAGACGGUCUGAUGGAUGAUCAGUACUUGGAGAAAGUCAAAGUAUCAUUUUUUGACUUCAACAUACCCGGAAAUAUGCCAUAGUAAGAUGAUAGAUAGAAAUUAAUUAAAAUUUGGGAUUCACAUGUGCUAGUUAUCAUCACCAUCAUUAAUGGUAUUAUGGGCCAUAGAGGACUCUGGCCUUCAUUACCACUCUACUCUGACCAGUCCAUGGGCUUUUGUCUCCAUGCACAAAAUCCCAGCUCAUGAAGAUCUUUAUCCACAUAAUCUAUAUUCCAGGUCACAAUCCAUUAAAGCUCUCUGUGAAGCUGCUUUGGUUUUGGGUUUAUUCCCAAGCCUCUGUAAAUCUCUUUUGUCUUUACUGGUAUUUCAUUUCCACCUGAACCCACCACCUGUACCCACCACCUGUACCCACCACCUGUACCCACCACCAGUACCCACCGUCUGCACCCACCUGGUGGGUAUUUCAUAUUUCCAACCUUGGACUGUGCUUUAUAGCAGAGCAGCAGUAGCUAUGAUAGAUUCAACCUAUAAACAAGUAUCACUUAUUAUGUUGUCGUAUUAGUUUUUAUUUUUUCAACAAAAAAAUUGUUUAUCUUAACUGCUUAAGUAAUUAACUUAUGUUCCGAAUAAUUCUAAUCAAUAAGUUAUCAAUACUUCUAUUUUCAGUUGUUUACUUGGUUACCUGGGAGAAAAUGAAGACAUGCGGUUGAGCGAAGGGACUGUGAGGAACAAGUAUUGUGGCAGCUUUAAUCCUCCAGCGAUCACAAGUGGAGGUCCAAGAAUGGUCAUCACGCUCAAUACAACAGGUGCAGUUAAGGGUGGGAAAUUUGUGGCCAGAUACCAGUUUAUAACAGGUAAAGUAAAUCUCCCUAAUUUAUCUUUAACUUAUGUGUAUGAUAAUAAAAAAAAAUUAAACGCUUCUAAAAUUAUCUCUUAAGUUCUCAGAUUGUAUUAGAAGUUAACUUACCUUCUUGAUUAAACACAUUAAUUUAUUAUGAUGACGUAAUGACAUUUCACAUUUAUUUUUGUUUUAAAAACUAAAUUGGAUAAUUUUUAUAUUUAUUUUUUUUAAAUAUAGAAUAUAUUUUAUUUGUUUUUUAAUCAAUUUUCCUUUGCAAGUGUUUCAAAAAUUCUAAUUGUUUUUAUUUUAAGUCAAAUAUUAACUUGACUGCUGUUUGACUGACUGUUUUGGGUGGAAUAGAAGCAAACAUAAACUAAUGAAAAAGAAACAUCUUGAUGAAUGGUGUGUUCAUUCAUUUCUAAAAUUUAUUGAUUUUUUUUUUCAAUCUGAAGACUUUGGCAUACCUGGUACACCAAUAACAGAUGGAAAAUGCAAAUUUCACUACAACAGUGCCAUAAUGAAGAAUGGUGAGAUUAACUCUCCUCGACAUCCAGGCAACUACGCUCUCAAUCAGGACUGUGAAUACAUCUUCCGUCCGCUUUUUGAUGAAGUUGUGAUCAUCAGCUUCUCAGUGUUCCAUCUAUCUUCACAAGACAGCCCACCGUAUGUUGUUAUCAUUGGAUUAGUUGGAUAGGUUUAUGUUUUUGGGCUUUUCAUUCAGGAUUUAUUUAUUAAUUCAUUUUUGUUGAAAGGUGUAACAGAAUUCAACAGAAUAAAUGGUAAAAUUAUGUAGGGUACACGAACAUUGGUUCAAAGCAUGAAAUGAUCAUACAUUUUCUUUAUAAUGCUUUAUAGCUACUGCUUAUACAAAGUUUCUGUCAUUUCAUGUAUUUUUAAGCAUUCCUAAUAUGCUAUGAUUUAAUAGCUUAAUAUAUAUUAUAUGAUAUCUUAGUCUUAAAUGAAAAAAAAAUACAAAAAAACAGGUAGCACACUUCAAGACUAAAUUAAUUCUUCUUCUAUAUCUUAAGGGCCCACGAUCAAUUUAUUGAUCAUUUUGGCUCCUAUGCAUUUUGGGUUAAUUCCCAAGCCUUCUAUAAUUUGAUGAAAUUAUAAGUUUAUUUUUCUGUGUGAACUUAUUUAGAUGUGUUAAUUUUGUAUUUCAUUUUAUCCUAGUCUCUGAUAGAUGACAACCAUUGAUUAGUAGGCUACAUAUGACAAUUGGAAAUUUUAAUUCGGUUUUCCUUAUUUUCACCGCUAAAUACCAUUUUAUCCUCAGUUGUAAUGCUGGUGGAGACUACGUAGCUUUCUACGAGGAUCUUGGAACUUUAAACAGGGAAAAUUUUACCUUAACAGAAAAAUAUUGUGGAAAAUAUUACCCAGGACCAUAUGCAACAACUAGAUUGCUCAAAUUGGUUUUCUUCUCAGAUGAGAGGGAAACAUUUCCUGGUUUUAAAGCCACAUAUAAAUUUGUCAAGAAACAAAACUUAAGUGAGUAACAUAUUUUAAAGAUUUUUUUAAAGAUUUUUUAGAUUAAAGGCAAAUCUCAAACUGUUUUUUCAUUUUUUAAAUUUUUUUUCUUGAUGGUCAGAUAUAAGAAAUAAAUUUCUUUGCUUAGAUACUCAGUUGAUUUUCUUUUUUUUUUUUUUAUUCAAAAAAAAAAAUACUUACAAUUUUAUGAAAGAAAUUUCUAAACGUCAGCCUGCAACAAGAGAAUUUUUGUUUUUCUUAAACUGUUUUUUCAUUUUUUAAAUUUUUUUUCUUGAUGGUCAGAUAUAAGAAAUAAAUUUCUUUGCUUAGAUACUCAGUUGAUUUUCUUUUUUUUUUUUAUUCAAACAAAAAAAUACUUACAAUUUUAUGAAAGAAAUUUCUAAACGUCAGCCUGCAACAAGAGAAUUUUUGUUUUGCUAGAGAUGUCCUGGGUAUAGAUCACAUGCAGGCUGUCAAGUCCUGAUCUGUAGAAUUUUCCAUGACCCACUUUUUGUUAUGACUGAAAUGUCUUUUGCAUUUCAAUUAUACUCAGCCAACCUUGUAUGCCACAGAUCUAUAGGAAUUAUAUAAUUAUUUUCUCUAAUUAAAACAGAUGAAAUUAUGUUAUUUCCAAAUUAGAUGCAUUAUUGUUAUAAUAAUAUUUAAAUCAUUUAUUGUAUAAAUUGUUUAGCUUUCAAAGUUAUGGAUUGACACCUUUGGCCCGAAAACUAGUUCACACUAUGGUCAUUGCCCUUUUACCCAAAAAGUUACCUUAUAUGAACCAUUUCAAUAUUAUUGAUUAUAUAAUAAAGAUGAAGAUGAGCUGUUUAUUAAAGCUUGGAGACAUUCUCAGAAAAUAUCUCGCCGCCUGUUCCUCAGGGACUACCAGUUCUUUGUAAUAAUUGCUUUAGUUAAUCCUGUUGUCUUUUCAGCAUGUCCCACACACAAUAAUCAGAUCAGUGGAAGAGGGACAGGUGGGGUCAUUGUGAGUCCAAGCGUCUCUGGUAAAUACAUGUCUCAAGUUUGGUGUGAGUGGGUCAUUCAUGCCAGCAAGAGAGAAAAUAAAAUCCUAAUUGAAAUCUCAGAGCUCAGCAUAGAGGGGGUAUUCAUGAAAGGUGCAGAAAGAUGUGAGUAUAUAAAUUACUUAAAAAACAAAAUGUGUAGAGCACAUUUAAAUAUUUUAGGCCUUAUCUUUAUAAAAGAGACUUGUACAUUAUAGUGUAAAAUAAUGAUAUUUUAAGUAAGUCAAAUUCCAUGAGUAUAUGUGCUCCAAAUACGUGAUAUUAUAUGGUGGACAUUCAAACAUUGUGAAGUAAAUAAAUAGUGAAACAAGAUAUGUUUAGGCUUGAAAAAAGACUGAACAAUUGAAAGGAUGUUUCAGCUAAAUGCCUCUCAGCAGACAAUACAUAUCUUCAUCUCAAUUAUAAAUGUAUAUCUUCAUCAGAAUUUUGUUAAACUUUCUGAAUGUAUUCCUUAGUUCAACAAGAGUCAUAAUUAAAAGAUAUGCUUACCUAUUUAAGACUUUCUACAUGGACUAGUGCUAACAUUUAUCUUUUUCUGUUUACAGUAAUAGUAUUUAAUGGCUGUUACUAUCAAUUAUUUAAAGAAAAAUUUAGAAUUAUCAGCAAACCAUAUAGUUAAUAUACCUACUUUACAGAUCUAAUAAUAAAUAAAAUGUCUAUAAUUAUUAACCCUUGUGUUCCAUUAAAAUUUAUUAACAUUCUUUUCUAUGUACCUAACACAUGCUAAUAUAAUGGAGUUAUACAUUAAAAUAUUUCUUUCUUUUAUUUUUCUCCUUUCAUAGCAAAUUGUGAGGUAGCUGUUUUACGGCUGUAUGAUGACAGUAUGGGGGUUAGACCUUCAGCUGCUGUUUGUGGUAUGAAAAAGGUCACUGACAUCACACAAUCUUAUUUAUCAUUACAAGAUUCUUUUAAAAUUUCGUAAGUAUUUUGUGAAGUAGCUACAAGCUUUUUGCGUUGAUGAGUUUUGAGUUGAAUAUUAUGUUAACAAGUUUUUUAUCAAGAAAAGUAAUUAUAUAAUCAUUUUUGUAAAUAGCUAGAUGUUCUUUCUUUUUUUUUAGUGAAAGAGAAAUUGUAUUUUAAAUAUAUAUAUAUUUUUUCAAAAUUAUUCUUUUGCAUGUCUUUCUUCUAUUUUAAUAUGAAUAACAACUUAUUUUUUUAAUGCUCAGAAUUGUAAUUUUCUUUAUUUUUAUUAUUUUAAAGAUUAAAUUGUUUCCAUGAACCUUGCACGCAAAUCAUUCUAAACCUGCAUUACAAAAUGUCUUGUACAUAAGAAGCUGAAAAAUCUGUUUACUUUAGUGAAAAUAUAUAAAAAAGAGACACUUUUAUUGCCUAUAUAUAUAUUUUAUUCUUUACAGAUUUUUAACAUCAGCAGCAUCUUUAGGUGCAAAGGGAUUUAAAAUUUCCUGGACAGAAGUCCACAUCGGGUCAUCCCCAAGUGAGCAUUAUGGUCUGUUUGGCAAUGGUUUUUAGUUUAGAUUGAGAUUUCAAGUUCCUUUUUUAAAAAAUGCUUUUCAGUUUUUUCUCAAUUCUACCUUUCUACUUACUUGCCAACCUUUACAGUUUACCAAUACUUUGUACAGUUUUUGUACAUUUUCCGAGGUGUAUCGUCAUAUGGGCUUUUGUACAGUUUUUUGAACAUUUAAAACUGGUGGUGCAAUGAAUUCAAUGUUGGAAAACGAGAAUCUUAAAUAUUAUUUCUCAUUUCAAAAUGACCAAAAGAGGAUCAGUAAAUUUAGAAACAAUGUCGUUUCAUUGAUAUCAUUAGUUAAUACUAAGACAGUGUUAUACUAUAGAAACUAUUUUGAGUGCUAAAUCAUUAUUUGCGUAAUUCUAAAUAAAAAAUGCAUUGUUAGUAAGUGUUCUUUUAAUUUAUAGUAAAUAAUUAAAUAAAUUUAAAAGUACUAUCACUCAAUGACUAACAUUAUCAUUAUUCCUAUUUAUUACAAUGGCAUAACUUGAUUACUAUGGUACAGUAAAAAAUAAUGUUAUAAGCUGAAGGUAAACUCAAUAACUUUGUCAAGAUGGAAAAACUUUAUUUACAUUGUUCAUUUGAAUACAGGAAUCUGUAUUACUAAAUGGUACAAUAUUUAACAAAACACUUAUGUCUAAUUACAACUAUCAUCAUCAUCAUCGGUGCUAAAGCCCAUGUAGGGUCCUGGCCUGCUCCGCCACAUCCUUCCGAUCGAUCCAUGGCUUUCCGCCUCCAUGUGCGAACCCCCAAUUGAUGUAAAUCCUUUUCUACAUCAUCGAUCAAUCUCAGCCUUGGGUGACCGGUGAGUCAUCUGGCCCUAGGCUUCUGCCUGUAAAUCACUUUUGCUGCUCUACAAUCCGGCAUCCUUUCAAUAUGUCCUGCCCAGCGCAUAUUGUUGCCGCUAAGGGUGGGUCUCUGUACAAUUGGUAUAGCACCUGGUUUGUAGGGAUUCUCUAGACAUCAUUGUCUAGCACUGGAUCAUAUAUUUUCAUAGGAUAUUCCUCUCCCAUGUAUUGAGCAGGUUCUCUGGUUUUCUGGUAAGGGACAAGUCCACUAGUGCAAGUUACUACUUGUCUUAAAAUAGUGGCAUAUAUUGUCUUCUUUGUUCCCCUUGAGAGGUGUUUGCUUCCCAGUAGCUUUUGUAAAAUGAAAUAGGAACGGUUGCCUGCUGUUAUCCUUUGAUACAAUUAUAGUGCUGUCAAGUUCAACAUAUGUCCAUUUUUAACAAAUUGUCAUUGAGCAGAUUAAAAAUAAUCAAAAUUUGUCAAAAAAAUCGGACUUAUAACAACGCAUUCUUUCAUUUAAAGAUGUGAUAUAUCCAUUUUUGAAUGAUGUAAAAAGGGGACCCCAUUCAUUUUUGUAUGCAUUUAAAACGUUUAUAAAAAUUAUGAAAAAGUUAUAAGAUAUACUCUUUUCUACAUUUCUUUUUUUCUUUACAGUUUUCCAUGUUGUUGUAAACUUUGUUUUUUCUACUUUUUGUACAGUUUUUUCAAUUCCACAGGUUGGCAUGCAUGAUUUUUGCCAACAUAAAAAAGAAAAAAAAAAUGUGCACUUUAAUUCAAAGAAUAUACCAUGUAAGAAAAAAAGUUGUUCCAUGCAGAUACUCCAAAAUCCUUUAAAGAAAAAUUAUUUAUUUUCCAGUUUUAUCAUUCACACGAAGUAUAAAACUAUAUAUCUUAAUAUGAGUUUGUUUGUGUUGAUAAUUUGUGAUUUACAUUGUAUUGUUAUGUUUGAAUACUGUAACUUAUUGUAUGUUUAUCUAGAUUUGCAGUUCUUUUUUAUUUUUUUUUGCUGAAGAUUUUUAUUUAGCAUUAAAGUUUUUAAUGCAGUACAAAAAAUAUUAACACAAAAUUAUAAAAAUUAUAUUAAAUAUUAAUAAUUAAUCUAAUUGCCUCUAAAAUGUUUUAUAAUGUAACAUAUGAUUUGACUUUAAGUCCAUCCAUCCAUCCCUGUGGCGCUAAAGCCCAUGUAGGGCUUUGGCCUGCCUCACCACUUACUUCCACUCAGACCUAACUAAUGCCUUUCUUUUCCAUGCUUUUGGACUUUCAGCUGUUGUAGAUCUUUUUCCACAUCAUCCAUCCAUCUAAGCCUGGGUCUGCCUUUGAGCCUUUUUCCUCUGGGGUAUUGGUGAUGCACCCUUUUCGUUCCUCUGUCAUUUGGCAUUCUCUCUAAGUGUCCUGCCCAGCGUAGCCUGCCUCUUAUUAUCUUUUCUACUAUCGUGGGAUCCUGAUAUAGACUGUACAAUUCAUGGUUGGUUCGUAUUCUCCAUCCAUAUUCAUCCUUUGUUGGUCCAUAUAUUUUCCUGAGACCUUUCCUAUCCCAUGUGUUUAAUAGGUUUUCUCCUGUUUUUGUUAGGGUCCAAGUUUCACUUGCAUAUGUUACAACUGGUCUGAUUACAGUUUUAUAAAUAGUUUUCUUUGUUUGUCUUGUAAUGUUUUUACUUUUGAGUAUUUUCUGACUACUGAAGUAUGCCCUAUUUCCGGCUGAUAUUCUUUCUUUUGUUUCUGUUAGUAAUUCAUUUCUUUCAUUUAACAAAGAUCCUAGGUAUUUGAAUUGAUUUACUUUUUCAAAAUCUGGUUUCUAAUUGUAAUUGCUUCAUCUGUUUGUUCUUCUCUUAUCAUGGUCAUGUAUUUUGUUUAUUGGUUGUUAACUUCCAGCCCUGCUUGUAGUGAUGCGUCUUCUAAUUCAAUAAAGGAUAUUGAUAUGACUUUAAUACUUUUCCUUAGCAGUGCUAUGUCAUCAGCAUAUGCAAGAUAUUGAAGUGGUUGGUUGUAGAGUGUGCCCGUUGGUUGUGAGUGUUGAGUUUCCCUCAGGAAGUAUCCUGUUAUCGUUCCUUGAGUGUCUAUGUAUAUGUUUCUCAUAACUCUCUCUAAUGUUAGGUUAAAAAGCAUACAAGACAGUGAGUCUCCCUCUCUUAGGCCUCAUCUAAUCUGAAAUUCCCUUGAAUAUUCUCCUUGAAUCUUGAUUUUGAUUUUUGAGUUGUUUAGUGUUACAUGUAUUAGUCUUGUCAGUUUGUUGGGUAUCCUAAACUCCUGCAGAGUCUCAUAUAGAUAUUUUCUUUUGAUGCUGUCAUAGGCCAUUUCAUAGUCCACAUAGAGUUGAUGUACUGGUAUAUUAUAUUCAUUGCAUUUCUCUACUAGGCAUCUGAUGGUGAAAUCUGAUCAGCCGUUGAUAAUGUAACUUAUUAUUUGAGUUUAAGUGGAAGGUGGAAAAAGUGUGAGUUUACAUUGCUAAAAUUUAAACUGCUUAAAAAAUACAUGUGCCAUCUUUUAAAGUAUUUUUGACUGCUGAAACAAAGCUUAUUUCUUUCUAAUUAAACUAUUUUAAUUAUUCAUAUUAUUUCAGGUGGGGAUUGCUCAGGAUUCCAGUGUGUGAUAAAUAAAUUUUGUAUUGCGCCUACACUUAAAUGCAACAAAGAACCAAACUGUGGGCAGGGAGAUGACUCUGAUGAAACUGCUGAAUGUGAGUUACACUUCAAGUGACAAUUUUUUUUUUUAAAUCCUUCUUUGUUGUUAUUUGAUUGUACAAUUGUGUUGUUGUUGUUUUUUUUAAUCAGACUGCUAGAGUUAUUAAUUAUAUUUGUAAAAACAGAAAUGAAUUAUUUUUUUAAAUUCAGAAAUUCAAUUUAAAUUUUGAUUCAUCUUUUUAAAUAAACUAUGAGAAAUUUACCUUAAAUAUCUCUGAUUUCUAAAUUAAAUUAUCACUACUAUCAAUGUCACAUUCAAUGAAGACAAUUUUAAAAUUAGCUUAUCAAUAGACUCUGGCAUGCCUGGUUAUUUUUCUGUUUUUGUGUGUGUUUUUUUGUGUUGUGCUUAUUCUUUUUUUGUUUUGUUUGUUGUUUUUUUGUGACAGUUCUAUCAAUCUUAUAAGAAUUAAUGCUUAGGCUAAAUUAAAUUUACAUUACCACAUAUAUUUGAAGAACAUUAUUUUUGCAUGCUCUUGUUUUCCUGUCUAAUUUAUUGCCACCCCAAUUGUAUAUUGUAUCACAAAAGCAGAUGUUUAUAAUCAAAUACCAAAAUAGCUUUUUUUUUGGGGGGGGGGGAGACAUUUUUUUUCUUCUCCAUUAAUUUCACAUCAAAGCAUAAUAAUUAGAAUUUUAACUAUAAUGACAUUAAAUUUCAUUAAUAUAGGUACCUUGUUGAAAAACUUCUGCUUUUUAUAAUAUUAAUGUGCAGAGAAGAGUCUAUUUAUUUUCCCUCUUAGCUGCAAUAACUGACCUUUACCCAGAACUUAGUUUAACUUGUAUUGUUGUUCUCAGUGAUUUUUUUUUUUUUAAUUAUUUUAUUUCUACCUUUAAUUUUUAGGUUCUGGCCUAUGUUUGGGAAGUGAUAUGUUCAAAAUUUGUCUUCUUUUUCUUAUUGUUUUAUUUUACCAAACAUACCAUUUCCAACUAUGAGGAGAUGGGGGAGGUAAGACAGCUUGUAACAAGCUGCAUGAUAUUCCUAAACAGCCUUGAUAGCACGCAUUGGAUUUCUUCUGAAUGUUUUAAACAAUUGACCUUUUCUCUUUUUGCUAAACAGCACUUUGCGUAUGUUAAAAUGAACAUUAAAAAAAUACAUUAAUUUUCAUAUCUUAACAUUAUUUAUAUGUAUGCCUAAAUUUGUUUUACUGUUGUUCUCUUUACCUUAUUAAAUUAAGUAAUAAAGUAUUAAAUUUUUUAAACACAUUAUUAAGGUUUCCAAAAUGAAAUUAAAAAAUAUUUGUUUUAUUUACAUAUUCAAAGAUGGGGGUCUGAUCAGCAGCUUUAAAAUUCCUUUCAAGCAUGUCAUCUAAACCAGAAUAUUAAACACACUAUUAAAUAGCUUAAACUUCAUAUAAAUUUUUUACAUUUAUUAUAGUUUAAUAGAAAUUAUUCUUUGCAUUAAAAGAAAGAAUUUUAUGUUAAAAUUGUAAACUAAAUGCUGGUUGUAUUCUGUGUUAACAUAUUAAUAAUUAUUUAUUGAUUGGCAGCUUACUUACUUUUGGAAAGGAUAACAUUGUAUGUGUUUAUUCAUUCUCAAGAAAUGCUUUGAAAAAAUAAGUUUUAUUUUAAUUUUAAAUGUAUCUGUUGUUUGUUGUAUUGUAUUGUAUUGUCUGCUGAAAAAGGCAUCUAGCAGAAAGUGUCCGCUUAAUUGUCUUGUCUUUUAUUUUCACGCCUAAACAUAUCUUGUAUCAUUACUUAUUUACUUUUGCAAAGCAGGCAUCCGCAUAGUUGGUAUGUAUUUAUUAGUAAAUACAUCUUUCUUUUUUUUACGAACAAUUUCAUAUGUUUUUAGAAACAUAAGCAUUACUUCUCUAACAGCUGUAAUAUAGCUAAGUUAAAAGAACUAUUCUAACAAAAAAAAUCAGAGUCUUACUUUAUCACUCAUUUUUUUCUUCUGUGCCAAUUUUCUUGUAGCAUUCACUCUAUUUUAUUAUAGAAUCAGAUCCCUUCAACAAAAGGCAAAGGUGUUAAAGCAUAUAAUCUGGCUCUUCUAUUUUUUUAAAAUAUAAUUUUCCAGAGGGCACUUACAUUUUGCUAAAUUAGAUUGCAUAAAAAUUUCUGAUUUCUAUUCUCUUCUCUACUUUCAUAAUAAAAAUAAACCAACAAAAACGUCAUCUUCAUUACCUGUCCUGUCUCAGACUUAUGUAGCAUUCAACAAGAACUAUGUCUUAUCAUCACCAGAUAAAAUUCAUCAUUAAAUGCAACAUUAAUUUGAUUAUUCUACCUAUCAUUGAUAAAUUACAUGAGAUAAGUGAGAAAGCAUUGCCACCGAUAAAUGUAACAGUAACAUGUCACUCCCACUUGAAUUAAACCCAUUACAAAAAGUAACCUUGAUUUUUGAGCAUGCUUUACAAUUUUUUUUAAUUUUUUUUUGGUCUUCUUUUCAAAUAGUAAUCUUUCAUUGACCCUUAGAAAGUUUAAGUGUUAUAGGCCAUGGAUGAAAAUGUAUAUAUAUUUUGUUUCUAUAUAUCACAUGCUUUAGAUUAAAAAUAAGAUAUUUAUAAUUGUAAUGUCUUUAAAAACUAAACAAAUUACAUCAGUAUUAACUUCAUUGUUUUGGUAAUAAUUUAGCUAACUGAAAUCAGAUACCACUGAUACCAGUAAAUAACUCUAUUUAAAAAUAUAUAUUAAAAUAUUCAUACAUUGGUUGAUAAGUCAUGAACUUGCAUAAAGGCUUAUACGUUUUUGAAAAAUAAAAAAUAAAAAAAUGCAUGUUUUAGCGGCGACAAGAAGAUAACAUUGAACUUCUAGUAGUUCUAGUAAGUUCAAGAGAGAAUAGUAUAUAACAUUGUCAUGUCUUGUGAGCAGAUGGUUAAUUAAUGGUUAUUAAAAGUCUAGCCAAAUACUCUUCCUCAAAUUAUACAGCAAAGUAUUCAUUGAUUUUUUAGUGUAAACCCAACUAUUAUUAUAUUAUAUAAUUGUUAUUAAAAGUCUAUCCAAAUACUCUUCCUCAAAUUAAACAGCAAAGUAUUCAUUGAUUUUUUAGUGUAAACCCACCCCCCCCCCUUUUUUUUUUCCUGUCUACUAAAGCAAUACACAUAUCAAAUUAAUAAAUACAUUUUAAAAAAUCUUAAGUAACACUAAUACAAAAGUUCCCAAUUCAUCAACAUAAAGUUAUAGCAUUAUGAAAUGUAUUGUUAAACGUGUUCAAAUAUUGUUCAUUUUUAGGUCCAAAGUCGUCCGGCAUCCAAAUUCUUCACAUUGCCAUUGGAACCUCCAUCUCUUCAUUCUUCUGCAUCAUUUUACUCAUCUGCGGAUUUUACCACCGUAGAAAGUUUCGCUCGGACAGAGCUCCUCCAGACCAUGACCACGUUGAGGUUCGCUAUGUGUCUGCUCCAACAGGCUGUAACACAACAGAUCGCCUGCUCAUGGAGGACAGAAAUGAUGUGGGCAAUGAUCACCACAACAACAGC